UAGACAUCAAUUGCACAUCACACAGAUUGGCAAACUCCAAUUGGUGUUAGUCUACUUGUUGAUAGACAAAAUGACAGACCCAUGUAACUGCACCAAAGUCGAUUAUCAAAAUCUCAUCGAAAAUCCAUUCCUUUGGAAAUAAUGAUAGUAUGAUCUGGUUAAAGGAAAACCACAAAGAAAGUUGUGUUUUCUGGCCAUCACAUGACACUAUAUGUAGGCUAACACAUACAAUGAUCAGAACUGCAUUUCAUUUUGUAACUGCUUUAUAAACACUUUUGUAACUGAUUUCAGGUCGAGUUACAGGACCCAGGAUUAUGCCAACUCCUGGACAAAAAAAAGCAGACAAAGUUUUGAAUAUACCCUUAACAUCUGUGGUAAUCAGGUUUAGGCUCAAUUUGAAUUGAGGCAGUCAAUUUAGAAGUAAACUGAAAUUCCAAUUCAAUGAAAAAGGGAAUCUCUUUUCCACUACUUCUCAAUAAACUGAAAAGGAGAAGCUAUUUAUGUCAAAAGUUGUCAAAUGUUCUGAUUUUAAAUUCAACUCACUUCCUGAAUUGACUGACUUCAAUUGCAACAAGUCAGAGUAAUCGAUUUCUUGUAAAUUAAUACAAAUAUUGUGUCAACUGCCAGAGAUAACUUAAUUACAGAGGGGAAGCACCAGAGUAUGAAAUCGGACAUGACCCAUUGAUUGCAUUACAAGAGUAAAAAACUAUAGAUCUGAAAGAGUUGUGGCACAGUCCCAUUGCGUUAUGUUGUUUGGGAGGGACACCAGAACCAGUAACUGAUUUCAAAACAAACUCCCAUCACAUUGCCUAUGUAUACCAUGAUCAUCAAACAUCAGAUAAACUGCACCAAACAUCUCUCACGGGGGCUAUGGCGUAUAGCCUAUAGAAUCUACAGACGGCAGACAAGAGGAAACCUAAUAAGUAGGCCGUCUGUCCAGUACAACACCUUUCCAUGCUUCACUCUUAUAUUCCUAGCUAUACAUUCAAGACACACUGGACUGUUGAAAUUUAAGUUCAGCUAGUCCUUUAGGAGAAGCCAAAUAUCUUUUUAACCAAGUAAUUCCACUGUCUCUUUUUAAUUAAGGACAUUAUUUAACUAACCUAUAACCCUGAAUCAAUAAAUGGCAAGCAUGAAUAGGCUGAAACAAUUGCUGUGUGGCUAUGAUUUAUCUUGUACUGUAUUGGUAGAACUCUGAUUAUUGAUUUUAUCUCGCUGACUGACCAGAAUCUGGCACUGGCAGCGGUCUCAACUGUUCAGUCAUACGUGGUGUACUGUCGGCACUGGAAACCCUGGUCAAAUUUGGGUCACAGAAGUUCAGGUGAUGUGCAUCGACAGAUGUGGAGGGGGCACAAACGAUUUCCUUUUAAAGCUUUUUGGUGGCCUCAUCGCGGCUGGAUGACCCGUGGGGAUUCAAAUCACCGGCAGUCUGUCCAUGCUGCUGCAAGGUAAAUGGAAAUGACUCUCUCAUUGAUUUCUCUCAUUGUUUAUAAGUUAAAUCACCGAGGGGAAUGGCUUUAUUUUUGGCAAAACAGGACUACUGAAAGGAGCAAGAGAGACAAAUAAUAAACAUGAUAAUCGACGGCUUGCUUAUUCAUACAUUUUGAUAUCUGCUUUACAAAUAUGUGAUGCUCCAUAUUCAUUGUAAAUUUACAUCUGUCUUCGAUGUACUUUGCCUUUUUUUCCCCUGAUAAAGACACAACGAUGCCCGUGUAAAGAUGGGGGAUUGGAAUUUCCUAGGGGGGAUAUUGGAGGAGGUGCAUAUCCACUCCACUAUGGUGGGAAAAAUCUGGCUCACCAUCCUAUUCAUCUUCCGCAUGCUGGUGUUGGGUGUGGCGGCCGAGGACGUGUGGAACGAUGAGCAGGCCGACUUCAUCUGCAACACGGAGCAGCCCGGGUGCCGGAACGUCUGCUACGACCUGGCUUUCCCCAUCUCCCUCAUCCGCUUCUGGGUCCUUCAGGUCAUCUUUGUCUCAUCGCCCUCACUGGUGUACAUGGGCCAUGCUCUCUACCGCCUCCGAGCCCUGGAGAAGGAGCGGCAGAAAAAGAAGGUCCUGCUACGUCGCGAGCUGGAGCUGGUGGACGUGGACAUGGUGGCUGCUCGGAAAACGAUUGAGCGAGAGGUGAGGCAACUGGAGCAAGGCAAGCUCAACAAGGCUCCGCUGUCGGGGUCCCUGCUGCGCACCUACGUGGCCCACAUCAUUACCCGCUCUGCCGUGGAGGUAGGCUUUAUAACGGGCCAGUACAUCCUCUAUGGCUUCCAGCUCUCCCCUCUCUUCAAGUGCGAGCGUGAGCCUUGCCCCAACGCGGUGGACUGCUUCGUUUCCCGGCCCACAGAGAAGAGUGUCUUCAUGGUCUUUAUGCAAUGCAUCGCUGUAGUCUCCCUCUUCCUAAACAUCUUGGAGAUCAUGCACCUGGGCUACAAGAAGGUCAAGAAGGGCAUCCUGGAUUACUAUCCACACCUGCAAGACGAGCUUGAUGACUUCUACUCAAGCAAAACCAAGAAAGACUCCGUGGUGCAUCAGACAGGCAUUGCUUCCUCCGGCUGUAAUCCCACCAUGGCCUCCGCGCCCAGUGGCUACAACCUCCUACUGGAGCGGGCCCAGGAGGGUCACACCUACCCCCCCCUUAUCAACCCCUCUGCCUUCCUCCCUGUUCAGGGUGAACUGGCUGGUAAACGGAGCGUGGAAGAACUCAAAGAUGCUGCACAUAGCCCAACGGAGCACAACUCCAACUCCAAUAACACCAGCAGUGACAGCCGCUCACCGCCCUGCGACUCAGUGACCCCGCCAAAGCAGGAGGAGCCAGAGGAGUCUGCACACCUUCCCCCUCACAGCGAGGAAGAGAAGAGGGGGAGCCCAGACUCUCCCAGGCGCCCAAGGGAUGCAUCUCACGCCUCCUCCUGCCCGACAUUGCUAGUAGGCGCCGGAAGGAAAACAUGGAGGGUCAACGCUCCCUCAAAUUGUUCCACAGUGGUGGAGGGCAAAAGUUCAGACACAGAUUCUUAUGGGGGUGCUAAGGCCAGUGGUGGGUACCAAGCCCGGACUGCGUCGAAAUCGGAACCCAAAAUGCGUCCCUCCACCCCAGACUCACUGGGGGACUCAAGUUCAGGGUCACAGCACAGUCCGAGAACACCCUCUUCCAAUCGCCGACCAUCAUCCACAAGCAACGCAAGUAGUAGGCGAGCCCCUACAGACUUACAAGUCUGAAUGCUAAGAGUAAAACCUUAUCGCUUGUCCCUCAGACAAAAAAUACUUUAUUUCAAACACAGGGAUCAGAAGAACAUGACAUGAGUUGUGACAUUGUGCGAACUGCUUCGGAGGGAAAUCUGUUGCAGUAGUCCAGCAAAAUGGAUAGAUGUGUUUUAUAAGAUGUCACCUCUGUUUCUGUUGAUCUGUAUGUGGUAGUUUAUUUUUGUAUUCACCAGCUUCAAAGCCUCCGCCAUACUUUGUGAUGACAUAAGACACAGUAGAUCAAACAUUGGGUGUGGGGACUAGCUAUUGGGAAUAUUGACCUGCUUUUAAAUGUAUUGUGGCUAAGAGAGAAAAACACUGGAACAGUACAGAUCACACAGCAGUGACACCGUUAGUGCUUUCUGUAGGUUUCAGUUCAUUUUAAACACCAUUGUUUAGAGAGAAAACAUGAAAAUAUGUCCUCAUGGCAGCCCAAUUCAGAAUUUUGUUUCACUAAUUGGUCUUUUGACCAAUCAGACCAGCUCUGAAAAAUAUCUGAUAUGAAAAGAUCUGAUUGAUCAAAAGACCAAUUAGUGGGAAAAGAUCAGAAUUGGGCUGCCUGUCUAAACGCAGCCAAAGUAGCUUUUGACCACUGAAAAUAGAGUAUGUAGACUAAAUGAUGUAUAUUGCAUGAAAGAAUGACCUAAUUUCCCAUUUAUAAAAGCGUAUAUCUUCGUUUUUAUUUUGCAUUAACUACUGUAUGUCCAUACUAUCAUCGUAAAACCAUGUAUGACGGUUACAAUGGCCCUCCACGUUCUUUUAGGCAGAGCUUUUCUUUUAAGGGUUGUGGGGUAUUUCAGUUUCUUAUGCAUUUCAAGUAGCGCCAGCAGAGCCUCUGUGUGCACACAGUACAAAAGUGAUAUCAUGAGGUAAGAUUUCUAUAUUGUAACAAAUAUGUUAACGUGAUUAAAAAGGAAAACACCCAUUACGUUAAUGUUUGUUUACUAGAUACAAAGCAUUGGUGUACAGUAGGAUAAGUACACUGAGAGCAGAAAAAGGGGGUUUGCUUUUAUGAGGGGGAGACAGUCAAAGGACAAAAGCUAUUAUAUUUCAAUAUAAUCAAAUAUACAAAUUAAGUUAAAUACUUAAACCUAGUAGAAAAAAAACAGAGGUGAAUAAAAUCCCUUGCCUCCAGUUGUUGGUUUCGACUUGCCAUAAAAAUCUGA